GGUAGGGAAAAGGCAAAGAUGCUUCCGCUCCCUCGAAGCCCACAGCGUCCCAAGGCCUGGAGCAUCCCCGGAAGACCCGGCUCCACUCCCGCUAAUCCCUUCCCUUCCGCCAGGGCCAACCGGCGCGGAGCUCUCGGGGUCACGUGGUCGCCGGGGGAGGGGAAGUGGGCGGCUCGGCGGCCGCCAUCUUGCCGGCUUGGAGGCGGAGCGUGAGGAGAGCAGGUCGCGCGCUUUCCCGCGCCUUCCCUCGCCCAGCCCCGCGCCGCCCUCCGUGCUCCUCCCCACUUCUGGCUCCUGUGGCCGCUCCCUGAGUGGAGGAGCGGGGAGCCCCGGAGGGCGGGGGGGGGUGUGUCGGGCGCGUGCUCGCGCCCUCCAACCGCCAGCCGCGGCCGCGGAGGCGCGCUUGGCCGGGCCCCAGGGGCGGCGCGGGGCGGCGGGGAGGGGGCUGCUCUGGGUGCGGGGGCGGUGCGCGGCGGCUGUGGCGGCCCGGGCUGCAGCUGCGGUGGCGCGCUGGGGGCCCGCGUCCAGGGCGCCCCCGGUCGGAACUGCCGCCGUGGCCGCGGCUGCCGGAGCCAUGUACCGCAGCGGCGCCCGCUCCUCCGUCUCUUCGCACCGGCCUAAAGAGAGCGGCGGGGGCGGCCCGCGCACCGGCCGCAGCUCCGGCUCCUCUUCAGGCCCGUCUCGCCGCACAUCGCCGCCGUCCUCCGGCUCCUCCUCGUCGCGGACACCGGCUCGCCGACCCCGCUCGCCCUCAGGGCACCGCGGCCGCCGGGCCUCGCCGUCCCCUCCGCGGGGUCGCCGCGGCUCCCCGUCUCCGCCCCGCGGCCGCCGGGCCUCGCCGUCCCCGCCGCGGGGUCGUCGCCUCUCCCCGUCCCCGCCGCGGGCCCGUCGCGGCUCCCCGUCUCCGCCGCCGCCGCGGGGCCGACGACUCUUCCCGCCAGGCUCGGCCGGUUUCCGAGGGAGCAGCCGGGGGGAGUCUCGCGCCGAUUUCGCCCGGGACGGCCGCGGAGACCAUCCAGGCGACAGCGGCAGCCGGAGACGCUCUCCUGGUCUGCGUUCUGACUCUUCUUUGGAACAGAGCUUAAGGAUCACUGUUGGCAAUGACCACUUCUGUGUUGGCAUACCAGAACGGCGGCGGCUUAGUGAUCGACUGGGGUCACCAGCGGAUAAUCUGGAGGAUGUGGACAGGGAUGACCUGACUGAUGAUUCUGUCUUCACUCGAAGCUCCCAGUGCUCUCGAGGUCUUGAACGAUAUAUUUCCCGGGAGGAGGCACCUCUCAGUCCCUUCUUGGGACAACUUGACGAGGACUACCGAGCAAGAGAAACUUUCCUGCAUCGGUCUGAUUAUAGUCCCCAUGUCAGUUGUCAUGAUGAGCUGUUGCGGGGAACAGAACGGAAUAGAGACAAACUCAAAGGCUCCUACUCUAUACGACCUGAGGAAAGGAGCCGGGAGGCCAAACGGCCCCGUUAUGAUGACACAGAGAAGAUACACAGCAUGGGAGGUGAUCACACAAGUUUUACAUCGGGGGCCCGCAACUAUCGACAGCGUAGACGGAGCCCGAGUCCUAGGUUUUUAGACCCUGAGUUUCGAGAGCUGGACCUUGCCAGGCGAAAACGAGAGGAAGAGGAGGAACGAAGUAGGAGCUUGAGUCAGGAACUGGUGGGAGUUGAUGGUGGUGGCACUAGCUGUCCCAUCCCUGGAUUGUCAGGUGUCCUAACAGCAUCGGAGCCAGGAUAUUCUUUACAUCGGCCAGAGGAAGUAUCUGUGAUGCCCAAGAAGUCAAUUCUGAAAAAGCGGAUUGAGGUGGACAUGGAGCCUUCCAUGCAGCUUGAGAGUUUUUCCAGCAGUACCAGCUCCAGCCAGGAUCACUCCCUUUACUCUGGACACUCAUCUCUUCCACUAAGUGGUGCUAUUGCUGCUUUUGCCUCAGAGGUUGAAAACAACAAGGGAACUGUGGUAGAGACUACCCUGAAGGAAUCUCAGGGCAACCUCUACCAAUGGGGCCCCCUCUCUGGGAUACCCAAAGACAGCAGUCCCCUCAGAGAGCAGUUUGGAAGUUUUCUGUGCCACAAGGAAAAAUUGGAUAUGAAGGCUGAGGGACCAGAGCGACACACAGACUUCUUGCUUCCUCAUGAGAGAGCUAGCCAGGAUGGCAGUGGUUUCUCCUGCAUUCUGAGCAUGUUAGCAGAUUCUACCAGUACACAGGAAAAGAGGCGACGUAGCUUCCCUGACAUUGAGGAUGAGGAGAAAUUUCUCUAUGGGGAUGAAGAAGAGGAUUUAAAGGCAGAAUCUCCACCAAAGCCCCUUGGGGGCUCUGAAAGUGAAGUUAUGAGGCAGAAGGGAAGCUCCCUACCCUCUUCAGCUCCAGCUGUAAAGCUAGAAUCAAUAGAAGAGACCAGUCCAGAAUAUGCAAAGAUUCAUGACUUGCUCAAGACCAUAGGGCUGGAUAUUGGAGUAGCAGAGAUUAGUAAACUGGCUGCACGCACCCAGGAACGACUUCAUGGCAAGAAGCCAUCACGUUCCUCUGCUGACCGCCGUUCCUCUGUUGACCGGCACUUUUCAGCAGACCGCUGUUCCUCAGUUGACCGCCGUUUCUCAGCUGAUCGGCGCUCUACAGAUCCUCACAGACUGGAGAGUGGAGAGGCACACCAUAGCAAUACCCACUCCCCAGAGGUAUCCCAUCCACACCCAGUCUCCCCUGUGGAUCCUUACCUGCUCACAAAAAACAGCCCCCCGUUCCUAAAGUCUGACCAUCCAAUGGGUCAUAUUGCAGGACCCGAGGUGGUUGGCAGUGGGUUUCAGUCAUCUGUUGCAGUCAGGUGCAUGUUGCCAUCAGCCCCAUCUGCCCCAAUUAGACUUCCACACCCUGCUUCUUUAUCUCAGUUUCAUAUGCCAAGGGCCUCUCAGUUUGCUGCAGCUCGGAUACCUCCAAACUACCAGGGACCUGCCAUUCCCCCUGCUUCCUUUGAUGCCUAUAGGCACUACAUGGCAUAUGCAGCCUCAAGGUGGCCCAUGUACCCUGCCUCCCAACCUUCAAACCACCCUCUACCUGAACCACACAGGAUAAUGCCAGUUACCAAACAAGCUACCCGUAGCCGUCCCAAUCUCCGUGUGAUCCCCACUGUGACUCCUGAUGAGCCCAAGCAGGAGGAGUCAGUGCUGGGCUCAAUUCCUCCUGCCCAAGUGCCUGUCCAUGUGUCCAUCCCAUCACUCAUAAGAUAUAAUCCAGAGAAGAUCUCGGAUGAGAAGAACCGUGCUUCCCAGAAACAGAAGGUUAUUGAAGAGAGGGAAAAGCUGAAGAGUGACCGGGAAGCUCGCCAGAAGAAGAUGUACUAUCUCAGGACCGAGUUGGAGCGGCUUCAUAAACAACAAGGGGAAAUGCUGCGUAAGAAACGAAGGGAGAAGGAUGGUCACAAAGACCCACUCCUGGUAGAGGUGAGUCGGCUUCAGGAUAACAUUAUGAAGGACAUUGCAGAACUUCGACAAGAAGCAGAAGAGGCAGAAAAAAAGCAGUCUGAACUGGACAAAGUGGCUCAGAUCUUGGGAAUUAACAUUUUGGAUAAAUCUCAGAAGUCUUCAAAUGACAGUAGGGAUCCUACAGAGAAGACUGGGAAAGCAGAAAAAUCCAGGAGUCCAGAAAAAGUGUCAUCAUCCUCAAACUCCUUUUCCAACAGCAAGGAAUCAAAGGUAAACAAUGAGAAUUCCCACACUAAGAGCCCCAAGCCUGCCGAGAGCCCCCAGCCAGCUGCUAAGCAGUCUGAUCAGCCCAUUGCUACCUAUGAGUAUUAUGAUGCUGGCAAUCACUGGUGCAAAGACUGCAACACCAUCUGUGGGACCAUGUUUGACUUCUUCACUCAUAUGCACAAUAAGAAGCACACACAGGAGCAAUUGCAGAAGUCUUCAUAUUUCUAGAAGGAAGGACUGCAGAAGACAUUUUUGCCCCAGGGAGACAGGGAUAGAAGCCACAGAAAUGAUGAGUACCCUUGGGGCCAAUGGGCAGUCACCUCUAGGGUCUGACUUCCAGAAGGUGGGUAUGGUUGCUGGGGCAGGAAUGGGUUAUGGAGAAGGCUCUGUUAUUUUAGCUGCCAGGAAAUGGUGAGUUGGGUGAGCGAAUAUGUUAUUUAUGUAUGUCUAUAUCUUUGUACCGGUAGAGGAGGAACAAGAUGAGGAUAGGCAUAGAAGGUGUAUAUUUUAAACUUUCCACUCCUCAUCUCAAAUUAUCUCCUAACUUCCAUCUCUCAUUUUGUGCCACGAUACUCACGUUAAAGCUGUGGAAUUCAGAUCUUCUCAUCCCUCCUGGGCCCUGAGCCCAAUGCUCCCAGCUAGUAGAACAUCUCCUAUCUUGGCUUUAGCCUUCCUACCUGGUCCAUACAAGAAUCAGGGUAAAAAUUGGGUAUGUCCUUAGAGGAGUGGGGUAUAAAUAGACAAAGGAGUCUCAGGGAAGGGGGGACAAUCACAAAGGAUGUGUUUGAAAAAUUCUGGGAUUUCAGACUUCAAGACAGCUGUCUUGCAGUUUCCAUUCAGUCUUACUACCUCUUCUACACACAGUAGAACUUUUGGUACACAGAAACAGGCAAGCAUUUCAAAAUACCAAGGAAACACCUUACUCUCUGUUCAUCUAAAAAGCCAGUAGGUGUUUCUUUUACGCCCUUUUGUGCUUUGGAACUGGGCUCGGGAACACAGUGAGGAUGAGAACCUGACCUUUAAACUGAGAUUUAUUUAAAUCUGAGCUGCCCCAACUCCAAAUUUACCCUUAAAACUGUUAACCUAGUUUUAUUUCUGAUUUGUAAAUGCUGGCACUUUUAGAGUCCUGGAGGUCUGCUUUACUGCCCAAAUAAAUCUGUGGUUUGGGUAACUUUUGGGACUACUCAUAACACUAUAAAUAUAAAGAACUGCAUAAUAUACAAUCAAAGCCAUCGAUAGAAUAAGAAGGAAGAAGUAAGGGGUAAAAAGUAUCUCAGGACCUCUUUUUGCUGAGCUUAUAUCAGUUAAUGACUACUCAUUCCUCAGGCAUGACACUGUGGAUGAAGCAAUGGAAAGCAGCCUGGUGCCAGGGCUGCCAACACUUUGUCACCACUACUUUCUCUCCCUUGCUCCAGUCCAAGAUCUGUUUCUCAUCAGCUACCACAUUCCUCUGCUCAGGGACAAUCAAGGGUGUUGGUCACAGCUUUUAUUCCUAAAUGUGACUCACCUACCUACCAGCCUGUGGUUUGCUGCUUACACCUCCCUUCUUCAGUAAUGUCUGGAGUCCACCUUUGAGAUGUGCUGAUCUAGGGCAUGGGCAGAGGGAAAGGAAAUAUUUUUUAGAAUAAUAUUUUUCCCCUUGGACUUUUAAAAUUUGAUAUGCUAGAGUUCACAUACAUUAUGAAUGAUUAAAUAUUUAAAAUCUACUUUUUUAUUGAAAUAUAAUUCAUAUAACAUUAAAUUUCACAUAAGAUUAAUCAUUUUAAAGUGUGUACAAGAAGAUCGUGUUGAAGAUUGUGCAACAAUCACUGUUAUCUAAUUCCAGAAUAUUUCCAUCACCCCACUUAAAAACCGCAAUUAGCAGACAUUCCCAAUUACCCCAAAGCCACCAGCAAUCAUCAGUCUGCUUUAUGUCUCUAUGAAUUUACCUAUUCUGGACAAUUCUGGGGUCAUAUAAUAUGUGGUCUUUCGUGUUUGGCUUCUUUCACUUAGCAUUUUCAAGAUUCAUCCAUGUUGUACCAUGUAUCAGUACUUCAUUGUUUGUAGUUGAAUAAUAUUCCACUGUAUAGAUAUAAACACAUUUUGUUUAUCCAUUGGUUGGUAAACAUUUGGAUUAUUUCCACUUUUUUGCUAUUAUGCUGCUGUGAACAUUUGUGUACAAGUAUUUGUGUGGACAUACUUUUCAAUUCUCUUGGGUAUGUACUGGGUCAUGACAACUCUAACUUUUUUAAAAAUAUAAUUUUGUAUUAAAGUAUAAGGUACAUAUUACAAAACAAAAGCACACACAAGUGUUAAGCUCAAUACUUUUCACACAGUGAACAGUUUGUGUAACACUUCGGGUAACCAACACCCAAAUCAAAAAAUGGAAUGUGACCAACAGCCCUGAAGCCCCUCUCCUGUUCUCUUGCAGUCACUACUUUCCUGAAAUAUAACUGCUAUCUCAGGUGCUUUUUGUUUUUGUUUUAUGGAGCUGAAAUUCACAUAACAUAAAGUUAGCCACUUUAAAGUGAACAGUUCAGUGGCAUUUAGUACAUUCACAGUGUUGUGCCACCGAAACCUUUGUCUAGUUGUAAAACAUUUUCACCACCACAAAAUAAAACCCUGUGUCCCUUAUGCAGUUAGUUCCCAUUCCUACCUCCCCACAGACCCUGGCAAUCACCAGUCUUCCUUUUGUCUCUGUGGAUUUACAUAUUCUGGAUAUUUCAUAUAAAUGGAGUCAUACAAUCAGUGACCUUUUCUAUCUGCUUUCACUUAGAAGAAUGUUUCUGAGGUUCAUCCGUGCUAUAGCAAGUAUAGGUAUUCCAUUACUUUUUAUGGCUAAGUAAUAUUCCAUUGUCUGUGUAUACCACAAUUUAUUGAUCCAUUAAUUCAUUGAUAGACAUUUGGGUUGUUUCCACCUUUUGGAUAUUAUGCCUAGUAUGCUAUGAACAUUCAUGCAUAAGUAUUUGUUUGAGUACUUGUUUUCAGUUCUUUUCAGUAUAUACCUAGAAGUGGAAUUUCUGGGUCAUAUGGUUAUUCUAUGUUUAACAUUUUGAGGAACCACCAAACUGUUUUCCGCAGCACCAGAAUCAUUUUACAUCCCUUCCAGUAAAAUGUAUGAUGGUUCCAGUUUCUCCAUAUUCAUAAUACUUAAUUUCCUUUUUCAUAUAUUAUAACCAUCCCAAUAUUUCAUUGUGGUUUUGAUUUACUAAUGUGGUUCUGAUGACUAAUGAUAUUGAGCAUCUCUUCAUGUGCUUUUUGGCCAUUUUGUAUCUUUUUUGGAAAAAUGUCUAGUGAAGUCCUUUUCCAUUUUUUAAUUGGGUUGUUUGCCUUUUUGUUGUAGAAUUAUAAGAAUUCUUUUUUUUUUUUUUUUUUUUUUGCGGUACGUGGGCCUCUCACCGUUGUGGCCUCUCCCGUUGCGGAGCACAGGCUCCAGACGCGCAGGCUCAGCAGCCAUGGCUCACGGGCCCAGCCACUCCACGGCACGUGCGAUCUUCCCAGACCGGGGCACGAACCCGUGUCCCCUGCAUCGGCAGGCGGACUCUCAACCACUGCACCACCAGGGAAGCCCCAAGAAUUCUUUAUAUAUUCUAGAUACUAGAUCUUUACCAGAUAUUUUCAAAUAUUUUCUCCCAUUCUGUAGGUUGUCUUUUCACUUGCUUUUGUUAGCUCCGUUUUUUUCUAGUUCCUCAAGGUGUAAAAGUUAGGUUGUUGAUUUGAGAUCUUCUUUUUAAAAAUGUUUACAGCUAUAGUUUCCCUCUGAGCACUGUUUUCACUGCACCCCAUACAUUUUGAUAUAUUGUGUUUUUAUUUUCACACAUCUCAAAGUAUUUUAUAAUUUCUCUCUUGAAUCUUUCUUUGACCCAUUGGUUCUUUAAGAGUGUGUUGUUUAAUUUCCACAUUUUGUGAAUUUUCCAGUUUUCCUCCUGUUAUUGAUUUUUAGCUUUAUUCCAUUGUGGUUGGAGACGAUCCUUUGUGUGAUUUUAAUCUUUUUAAAUGUACAAAGACUUGCUUUGUGGCCUAACAUAUGAUCUAUCCUGGAGAAUGUUUUAUGUGAGCUUAAGAAGAUUGUGUAUUCUGCUGUUUGGGGAUAAAGUAUUCUGUAUGUCUGUUAGAUCUAGUUAAUUUAGUAUUGUUCAAGUCGUCUAUUUCCUUAGUGAACUUCUGUCUAGAUGUUCUAUUCAUUAUUGGAGUAUUGGAAUCUCCAACUGUUAUCGUAGAACUGUCUAUUUCCCCUUCAAUUAUGUCAAUAUUUGAUUUAAAAUAUUUGUCUAAUAAGUCCAGUGUCUGGGCUUCCUUGGUGAUGGUUUCUAUAAAAUUCUUUUUUCCUGUGAAUGAACAAUACUUUAUUCUUUUUAUACCUUGUGAUUUUUUGUUUAAAACUGGACAUUUUGAAUAUUAUGAUGUGUCAAUCUGGGAGUCAGAUCCCCCUCCCAAGUUUUGCUGUUGUUGAUUAUUGAAGUCUGUAGUCAUCAUUUGUUUACUGACUUUUCCAAACUAUUUUUGCUAAGACUGUAUGCUUGUGUUUGGUCCUUAAAUCUCUGUUCCAGUAUCUCAGCAGUCAGUGACCUGACAGAGAUUUCCUUAAAUGCCUGGAAUGAAAAAAUGAACAAAAACAAACAGACAAAAACCCCACUUCUCUUGGUCUUUGCAGACACUGACCUGGGGCACCACUUUAAUGCUAAGCCAAUCUGCCUAAAACUCUGCCUUGGCCUUCACCUCCUGGCUGCCUGGAACCCAAAGUUCAGCCAAAGGUGCAAGCCUAGGGUCCUCUCAGGUCUUUUCUGAACUCUCAUCUGUCUCUGGGCAUAUACUUUACAUGCUGGAUUUCCCCAUACACACGGUAGCCCUUCAGAGUUCUUAUUUCCCCAUGUAUCUUCCUCCUCAGACUCCUCCUUUCCAGACUUUUAGAUCCGUCUGAUGCUUGUUCCAUUCGCUGUUUCUUUCUGUAUGCAGCCACUGGUAGUAUAUGUCUUUAAAUGCUUUCAAUGGAUGCUUUGAAAGCUGCUUCAGCUUGAGGGGGGGCAAAACAAGGUCAGCCUCAGCACAGAUUCCUCAGGGAACCGCUAGACAGGGCAAGAUUCACAGCUACAAUCUUUUGAGAACAAGGUGCAUAUUAUCUUCCCCUGGCACCCGCAAGCCACACCAGGAAUAUGGGCUGCUGUCCCAAUGGCCACCUCCAAGCUGCGGAAUGGGGGAUGUUAGAUGGGUAAGCAAAAAUGCUACAAUGCUUUGUUACUGAAAUUUUGCAGCUGCUUUUUUCAUUAAGCACACCACUGGUUGGACUCCAUUGUAAGUUUUUUAUUAGAUUCCAGAGUUCUGAAAAAGUUGAUUCUGUCAGUUUUUGCCAGCUUAAUGAUAGCUUUAGUGGAGGAACUGAUUCUUGGAGAUCUCUGCGGUGCCAUUUCUGUGACAUUACAAUAUGUUGCUUUUUGAGGAGCUGUCAAACAAACUGUUUUCCACAGCAGCUGUACCACUUUAUAUUCCUACCAGGAAUGUGAGGGUUUCAUUUUUUCCACAUCUUUCCAACACUUGUUAUUUUCUGUUUUUAUUUUUUAAUUAUAGCCAUCCUAGUGGGUAUGAAGUGGUAUCUCCUUAUGGUUUUGAUUUUCAUUUCUUUAAUGACUAAUGAUGUCAAGCAUCUCUUCAUGUGCUUAUUGGCCAUUUGUAUAUCUUCUUUGGAGAACUGUCCAAAUCCUUUGCCCAUUUUUAAUUGGAUUACUUGUCUAAGAUCCAUUUCUUACAUAUUAUUUUCUAGUCUUUUUCUUACAACGUUAUCCUGAAAAUCAUGCAUUAAGAAAAUGUGUGUAUAUUGGGCUUCCCUGGUGGCGCAGUGGUUGAGAGUCCGCCUGCCGAUGCAGGGGACGUGGGUUCGUGCCCUGGUCCGGGAAGAUCCCACGUGCCGCGGAGUGGCUGGGCCCGUGAGCCAUGGCCGCUGAGCCUGCGUGUCCGGAGCCUGUGCUCUGCAAUGGGAGAGGCCACAACAGUGAGAGGCCCGCGUACUGAAAAAAAAAAAAAGAAA